AAGCGCGAAUAAACAUGAAAUGAGCAGAGAUCCCACACUGGAUAUAUUCACUGAUUUGUCCAAACUGAGACUGUUUUAAUGGGUAUGUCAGGAUGUCGGUGUUGAAACCGUUUAGUAAGCUGCCUGGUUUGAACACAGCGAACAUCUUGCUGGUGGAGAGUGAGGAGCAGUUUCAGCAGAGUUUAGCAGCUGCUCUGGUAGAGGAGGCCGCUGUCACUGUGAAUGUGAGGCUUGCUAAGAGUCUGCCUCUGCCCAUGGAGAAUGAAGAGAGUCGGCCACGGAUAGACCUGGUGGUGUUUAUCAUCAACCUGACCUCAGAGCUCAGUUUCCAGUCAGCAGAAGCUUCCCUGAAAUAUCUGGACCCUGGAUACUUCCUUGGAAAAGUCUGCUUCAUGGUCACUAAUGCUCGUAGCGCUUCGGUCCCCACAGUGCGCCUGGAUGCUGUCAGAAAGCUGGCUGCAUCCCUCCACUGCCCCUUGCUUUUUGCGGAGGAUCAGACACCAGAUGGUUUGACCAAUGCUACAGAACGGUUGCUGACAAUCCUGAAGGUGGCAGCCGGCCUCGUUCCCAUGGCUACUGCUCUCUACCUGUCCAACCUGACUCGCUGUACUGUGCCCACAGACAUUGACCAGCAGAACUUUGAUUAACUCCUAUGGCUGUUUUCUCUGAAGGGGUGUCUCUGAGUUUCAGUUAUAUAUUUAUUUAUAACACAUGAGCAUGUUGUUUCCACUAAUCAUUUUACAUCCAUGUUUACACUUUGGCUUUUUCCUCUCUGUCUUAUCCCUUGAAUCAAAGGAUACCUGCAGGGUCCUUAAAUUAUUAAAGGCAUACUGCACACUUAAACACGUUUUUUGAGGUGUAAACUAAAUUAUAUGAGUGUACUGUGAUGAAACACAUCAAUGCUGAUGUUAAUAUUGACAUUUCUUUUCAAAUGUAUAAACUUUGGCUUUUCAUUGGUUAAAAAUGGCUCAACAUGCCCUUCAAAUUUUUUGAUCAUCCUGAACCUUGCAAGGCCAAUAUUGACAGAGUGAACAGUUUGUGACUCGUGAAAUUUGUAUAUAUAUAAAAAAGAAAUAAACAAAAAUGCCUUAC